AUGGAAGACAAGAAGCGCUGCAGAACGCUCGAUCGCUUCCUCGAGCCGCCGCCGCCAUAUCCGCCUUUGUCACCCGGCAUCGAGAUCGCACCCGAAGGCCGCGCCGUUGUGGACACCAGCAACGGCAUCGACGAGGUCUACUUCCUCUCCUGCCAUCCGCUUUCCUUCAACGGCUCUCUCAGCGACACGGACGGCGACGAAGAGUGGAUCGAAGACUAUGUCACUGAAUUCCUCGUAGACAGGGCCAAGUGCCGGCCCCAAGCCAGAUCCAACGGCGUCUGGGUAGACGACGACGCGAUCGAGUCUGAAACCGAAAGCAGCAGCACCGAGAAGCACGACAGCAGUGACGAGAGUGACGAUGAGAGUGGCGACGAAGACGGCGACGAAGACGGCGACCAAGACGGCGACCAAGACGGCGACGAGGAUAAAGACAACAUCUUUGACUCCCAAGCCCGAACCUGGCGCACUGUCCUCAAGCGCCGCGAGCACGCCGCCAUCAACUACACCACGCAGGCGCGGCUGACUCACGAGCCCAUCAACCUCGAGACCUGGCAAUCACACCUCCUCAUCAACACCACCAUCAGGAAGAUCAUCUAUAAUCUGGAAGGCAGCUGCCCGCUCCCCUCUCGUUCCAUCACCGCCGCCGGCACCGCCUAUCUCAGCUUCGAGUCCGUCCCGACCUCGGCCCUCAAUCAUCCCAUCGACGGCGGCCUUCAGACCUCACCCGGCAUCCAGGUCACGGACGACGUCUUCAUCCCGGUUUUCAUCUGCCCCGUUCGCGAGGCAUCCUCAUACCCCUUCACCUCUUCCAACGAGAAAGGAGGCGCCAGCAACGGUAGCAGCAGCAACGGCAGCCCCUACAGGCCCGACUACCGCGCCCCGACCACCGCCACCGCAAUCGGAAAGCACCCGCUGACAACAGCAGCAGACGGCUACCACCACGCGCCAGAAGAGGAGAUUGACUGGAUCGACGAGGACGAAGACGAAGAGAACGCCGAGUUUAUUGUCCACGCAUCCUUCUGCAUCUCCUGCCUUCGCGACCUCUACGCCGGCGCUGUGGCUCCCGAGACCAAUACAACCACCGAAAACGAUAUCAGCAUCAACUCUGACGGCGAUCGCUCACAACCGGUCACCUCCGGAGAAGAAUACGAAGACUACGAAGAUCACGAAGGCUACGAAGACUACGAAGACUACGAAGAAGAAGAGGCAGGGACGGAAGAAGUGCAAGGAAAUUCAGGAUCGGAGAUGGAGAAGAUGACUAGCGUCGUGGAAACCGGCGGCGGCGGCAACUCAGGCAGCCGAGGCAAUGAUGGUGCCUGGAGCGCCGUGAACCUAAUGACGAUGGACGAAGAGCAAAAGAACGGCGGCGGCAACCAGCAGCAACCGCAGUCUCCAGCCAUCCGUAUCCCGCAGCUAGAUGGUGUGAACGACCCGCAAAGUGGUGGAGGCGGCGGCGGCGGCGGCGGCGGUAUUGCGAGCGGUGGCUUGGGCUGCGUUGUGAUGUGA